GACUUUCCCAUUCCACUAAUCUACAAAGGGGUGCCGUCCGUGGUGGGCUUCGGUGACCAGCGUGGCAAACGUUGUUUGGGUUUCCUGCCCUUUUUUAUACCGCAAUAGUUUUAAUAUCACAGAACUGUCAAAAUGUCUAGCAAAAGGGCUAAGGGAAAGACCACCAAAAAGCGCCCCCAGCGGGCCACGUCAAACGUGUUUGCCAUGUUCGACCAGUCACAGAUCCAGGAGUUCAAGGAAGCUUUCAACAUGAUCGACCAGAACCGCGAUGGCUUCAUUGAUAAGGAGGAUCUGCAUGAUAUGUUGGCAUCCUUAGGUAAGAACCCCACAGAUGAAUAUCUGGAGGCGAUGAUGAAUGAAGCCCCCGGUCCCAUCAACUUCACUAUGUUCCUCACAAUGUUUGGAGAGAAACUCAAUGGCACAGACCCUGAGGAUGUUAUCAAAAAUGCCUUUGCCUGUUUUGACGAGGAGGGCACAGGUUUUAUCCAGGAGGACUACCUGAGGGAGCUCUUGACCACUAUGGGAGACAGAUUUACAGAUGAAGAAGUAGACGAGCUCUUUCGAGAGGCUCCUAUUGACAAGAAAGGAAACUUCAACUAUGUGGAAUUCACACGCAUCCUGAAGCACGGCGCUAAAGACAAGGACGAUUAGGAUGAGGCCAAACACUACUGAAAAUGACACUGUUACACUACAACAUGUCUAAUUGUCUUCCCCCCCCACGCUCAUGGGCUAGUGCAAAAGGGAAACAUACAUCAGCAAGACAACUGGACCUCCUAAACAGUCUUAGUAGAUUUGUACAUAGCUAUGAAAAGCAUAAAGACGUGUAAUCUGUGGUGAAGUCGAACGAAUGCUGUUCUGGUAUGUAAAUGUUGAGAAAUAAAUCCUGGAAUUAUUCAAAAA